AUGCCACGAAAAGAGGGUAUGGAGCGCAAGGACCUCCUGGCAGCCAACGUAAAGAUUUUCAAGUCGCAAGGUCAGGCGUUGGCUAACUACGCUAAAGCCACCACGAAGGUGCUCGUCGUCGGAAACCCAGCCAACACGAAUGCCUUCAUCUGUGCUAAGUAUGCGGCUCCAAAGAUUCCGGCUCGCAACUUCUCCGCCAUGACUCGAUUGGACCACAACCGCGCCACUGCUCAGCUGGCAAUGAAGGCUGGAGUUGGAGUCGGUGACGUGAAGAACGUGAUCAUUUGGGGAAAUCACUCGAGCACUCAGUUCCCUGACGUCAAGCAUGCCACCGUCACGAAAGGAGGCAGUGCUGUCGAUGCCUACACUGCCGUCAAUGAUACCGCCUUCCUGCAGGGUCCUUUCAUUUCGACUAUCCAAAAACGAGGCGCUGUCAUUAUCCAAAAGCGAAAGCUGUCAUCGGCUAUGUCAGCUGCCAAGGCGGCUUGCGACCACAUCCACGACUGGCACUUCGGUACCAAGCCUGAUGAAUGGGUCUCUAUGGCUGUCCCAUCUGAUGGCUCCUACGGUAUUCCAAAUGGUCUGAUGUUCUCGUUCCCAGUCACCAUUGAUGGUGCGACGAAGGAGUGGAAGAUCGUUCAAGGCCUAUCACUCGAUGACUUCGCCAAGGCCAAGAUGGCUGAAACUCAGAAGGAACUCGAAGAGGAACGAGACGAUGCCUUGAAGGCUUGCGAUGCUGCCAACAUGUAA